AUGGCUGAGCAGGCCGGAGCAGCGAGGCGGGAGAGGCCGCCCGAGUCGCCGCAAAAGAUCAAAGUCGUGCGCUCGCAAAAGAUCGCCCAGAUGACGUCGCCCACAGACACGCGACCCCCUCCAUCGGAGCUCUACGACGCCGCCGAACCGCAGGAUCGCGCGCCCCCGAUACCACGCUCCCACACCCCCGGCCACCUCUCGUCCAAGAGCCAAGACCGCCGCCACAGGCCCGCCGAUAUAGCCGUCCGCCAGCGCUCGCAGUCGUCGGCUACACCACCAACCACCACCGCCUCCUCGUCGUCAUCAUCAGCCGCCGUCCCAACCUCCCUGCACAUCUCGGCCGCCUCCUUUCCCAUUCCCCCUUCAUCCACCAAGACCCCGACACCGACCUCGGCCGCCCGGCAAGGGAGCAUUGCUGCCUCCGCCGAGAGCGGUGACUCGUCAGUCAGCAGCAGCAAGGAGACGAGCGGGGGGAACAAUGCAUCCACCACAUCCACGGCGCGGCGACCGACAGCGCUGCGCUCCACAUCGGCUAUCGCGGGCCGGCCGGGGGCAGCAACCGCGGUGGGGUCUGCGGCAGCAGGAGGAGGAGGAGGAGGAGGAAGCUCGGUAGUCGCACGGGUGGGCACGGGCCGCGGGGCGCCGGCGCGCGGGGCCGAGGUGUACACGGCGUUUCCGGCCAUGGCGGAUGCGCGGACGGCGCCCGAUGUGCCGGCGGCGCCGUCGUCGGGCAUGUACUGGAGCCGGGCGCCCGUAUCUGGGGCGCCGCACACGGCGCUGCGAGCGCACACGACGACGCUGGUGGGUUCCAACGUCUACAUCUUUGGCGGGUGCGACUCGCGCGCCUGCUUCAACGAGCUGUACGUGCUCGACGCCGACGCCUUUUACUGGUCGACGCCGCACGUCGUCGGCGACGUGCCCGUCCCGCUACGCGCCAUGACGUGCACCGCCGUGGGGAAAAAGCUCGUCAUAUUCGGCGGCGGCGACGGCCCCGCCUACUACAACGACGUCUACGUGCUCGACACGGUCAACUUCCGCUGGUCCAAGCCGCGCAUUCUGGGCGACAAGAUGCCGUCCAAGCGGCGGGCGCACACGGCGUGCCUGUACAAGAACGGCAUUUACGUGUUUGGCGGCGGCGACGGCGUGCGCGCCCUCAACGACAUUUGGCGGCUCGACGUCAGCGACGUGACCAGAAUGUCGUGGAAGCAGAUUUCGGCGGGCUCCUCUUCUUCCUCCUCCGCCGGCGGAAGCGGGAGGUCGUCCUCCUCCAAGGAGGACCGGCCGAAAGCCCGCGGCUACCACACGGCCAAUAUGGUCGGCGGCAAGCUGAUCAUUUACGGCGGCUCCGACGGCGGCGAGUGCUUCAAUGACGUGUGGGUCUACGACGUUGACACGGACAUCUGGAAGGCGGUCCACAUCCCCAUCACGUUCCGCCGCCUGUCGCACACAGCCACCAUCGUGGGAUCCUAUCUCUUCGUGAUAGGAGGCCACGACGGGAACGAAUACUCCAACGACGUCUUGCUGCUCAACCUCGUCACCAUGUCCUGGGACAAGCGCAAGGUCUAUGGUUUGCCCCCGAGCGGGAGGGGUUAUCACGGCACCGUCCUGCACGAUAGCCGACUGUUGGUGAUUGGCGGGUUUGACGGCAGCGAGGUGUUCGGCGAUGUAUGGGUGCUGGAGCUGGCGGUUCAUGCCUACUAUUCGCAAAUCAGCCAUUUCACCAUUGAGGUCUAG